GCGGUCAAUGUUUCAAGUUUCCAAGCGUGAUCAGGUCUGUAUCCUAGGAGACACCGUGAAUUACCAGAUUUGGCCGCAGCCCGUGGCCGGGGCUUCUUAAAGAAACCCAGGCGGUUUCCCAAAUUUCCAUUUCUCCCAUCAUCACUCAUCGUCGCUCCCUCCCUCAGUCCGCCUUUCCUUUCUCAAUUAACACUCAUUUAGCGUGAAUUGUCGACAAUGUUCUCCAAGUUUACUCUCGCUCUUACCCUUCCCCUCCUCAUUUCUUCUGCUUUUGCAGGAGACUGUGUGAGGCGUUACACUGUGGCCGAAGGUGAUACUUGCGAUAGCAUCUCCGCUAGCGAAAACGUCUCUACCUAUCAACUCGCUGUUAUCAACGCAGGUUACAUCGACCAACAGUGCAGUAACCUCAAGCCGGGCGACAACAUCUGCCUCGGAUAUGACGGCGAGGACUGCACCACCACCUACGUUGUCAAAGCAAAGGACACUUGCGACGCUAUCACCCAAGCCCACUCAGUCGAUAUCACCACGUUGUUGGCCAACAACCCCCAGAUCAACGACAAUUGUGAUAACAUCUACAUCGGCGAGGUGCUUUGCGUUGCCCCUGAGAUUCGUGUUCCUCCUGCUCCCGUAGGAGCUAGCAAUGUCGUUCCUACCGCUAUCCCUGUUUCUGCCACCCCAGCCAACCCUCCCCCUUCUGGAUCCACUGGAGCCUCGAACCUGGGUGGAAGCAGCGGCGGCGACAACAACAGCAACGAUGAUGACGACGACUCCCUUCCUUUCUGUGACGAGCUCUAAGCUCAUCUUAUUUCACUCUAGACGGCUAUCGGUCGCUGGUCUGGCAGAUGCCAAAUAAGAUGCCUUUCUUUGUCUUGCUUAUCUUUCAGUUGUCGUCUUUGAUAGAUACCCUACCUGUCGUUAUAUAUUAUCCUUUGCAUUUACCUAUGGUGAUUUAUGGGAAAUGUUAUGAUGUUGAACCUUUUGGGCACGAA